AUCUCCGGGCGCUUGGUGGCGGGCCGGAGGUGGCGGUGCAGGCGGCCAUGGCGCUGCGCGCGGCCGUGUUCGACCUGGACGGGGUCCUGGCGCUGCCUUCGGUGGCCGGCGCCUUCGGCCGCGCGGAGGAGGAGCUGGCGCUGCCCGGAGGCUUUCUGAAUGAAGCUUUCCAGAGAGGAGGCCCAGAUGGUCCCAGUGCCCGCCUCAUGAGGGGUGAGAUCACAUAUUCCCAGUGGGUCCCACUCAUGGAAGAAGACUUCAGGAAGUGUGCCGAGGACUCUGGAAUCUGCCUCCCUGAGAAUUUCUCUGUAAGUCAAGUCUUUAGCAAGGCGGCUGCAGCGAGAAAGAUCAACUACCCCAUGCUUCAAGCAGCUCUUGCUCUCAGAAAGCAGGGAUACACAACCUGCAUCCUCACCAACAACUGGCUGGAUGACAGUGCUCAGAGGGGCAUCUUGGCCCAGCUGGUGUGUGAACUGAGGCCACACUUUGACUUCCUGAUAGAGUCGUGCAGGAUCAGAAUGACCAAGCCUGAUCCUCAGAUCUACAAGUUCGUGCUGGACACCUUGAAGGCAAGCCCCAAUGAGCUUCUCCAAGCUCCAGCUGCUCUGCCAAUCCCGUGCAAUCCCAGCGACGUGAGCCACGGCUAUGUGACAAUAAAGCCUGGGGUGCGUAUGCAUUUUGUGGAGCUGGGCUCUGGCCCUGCCGUGUGCCUGUGCCAUGGAUUUCCUGAGAGCUGGUUCUCUUGGAGGUACCAGAUCCCUGCUCUGGCUCAGGCGGGUUUCCGGGUGCUAGCUCUGGAUAUGAAAGGCUACGGAGAGUCGUCUGCUCCUCCUGAAAUAGAAGAAUAUUCCUUGGAAGUGUUAUGCAAGGAGAUGGUAACCUUCCUGGAUAAGCUGGGGAUCACUCAAGCCGUGUUCAUUGGCCACGAUUGGGGAGGCUUGCUGGUGUGGACCAUGGCUCUCUUCUACCCAGAGAGAGUGAGGGCAGUGGCCAGUUUGAAUACUCCCUUCGUACCAGCAGAUCCCCGUGUACCCCCAAUGGAGAGAAUCAAAGCCAAUCCUGUUUUUGAUUACCAGCUCUACUUUCAAGAACCAGGAGUGGCUGAGGCUGAACUGGAACAGAACCUGAGCCGGACUUUCAAAAGCUUCUUCAGAGCAAGUGAUGAGAUGAAGGCUUUUCUCUCCGUGAGCAGAGUCUGUGAAAGGGGAGGACUCUUUGUGACAACCCCCCAAGAGCCCAGCCUCAGCCACAUCGUCACGGAGGAGGACAUCCAGUUCUACGUGCAGCAGUUCAAGAAGUCUGGUUUCAGGGGUCCCCUAAACUGGUAUCGAAACAUGGAAGUAAACUGGCUGUGGGGCUGCACAGGCUUGGGACGAAAGAUCCUGGUUCCUGCCCUGAUGGUGACAGCCGAGAAGGAUGCUGUGCUCACUCCGAAGAUGUCCAAGCAUAUGGAGGACUGGAUCCCCAACCUGAAAAGGGGACACAUUGAGGAUUGUGGACACUGGACACAGAUGGAGAAGCCCACCGAGCUGAAUCAGAUCCUCAUCGAGUGGCUGGAGACUGAUGCCAGGGACCCAGCGGUGGUCUCAAAGCUGUAGGGUAUGGCGUGUGCCAGCCCCCAGCAGGCCUUCGAGCCCUUCCUCUGUUGGGCUUGGAACGCAGAGGAAGCCUUUCCGGCACCUCUUGAGACCACCAGCUUCGUUCCAAGGGGGUUUACUCCCAAGAGUGGUUUCCUUUAAAUAAAGAGUCAAAUCUGAUAUAACAUUAGAUUCA